GUCUGAUAUUCUAAUUUUCUGCAGCAAACGAAAAAAGAAGAUCAAUUUUGAGAGAGUUGAGAGUUUAGAGAGAUGUCAGCUAACUCCACCCCAGUUCCUCUUCUUACCCCCUACAAAAUGGGGAGAUUCGAGCUCUCUCAUAGAGUAGUGAUGCCACCAAUGACAAGGAACAGAUCAUACAAUAAUACUCCACAGCCACAUGCUAUUGAAUAUUAUGCUCAAAGAGCAACAAAUGGAGGAUUUCUCAUUUCUGAAUCAGCCAGUGCCUCUGAUAUCUCACAAGGGGGUCCAAAUAUGCCUGGAAUUUGGACAGAAGAACAAAAAGAGGCUUGGAAACCCAUUGUUGACUCAGUUCAUCAAAAAGGUGGUAUCUUCUUUUGUCAAAUCUGGCAUCCUGGCCGCAUUCCCCACUCAGGCCUCGACAAUUUUCUAUUAUUUUGGCGUGCAGUACCUGACGACAAAGAGUAUAUCAUGCCGACACCUCAGCAACUGAGAGCUAAUGAAGUCCCUCACAUUAUCGAAGAUUUUAGGAUUGCAGCCCGCAAUGCUAUUAAAGCUGGAUUUGAUGGAGUCGAGAUCAACUCUUCAAACGGCUUCAUUAUCGACCAAUUCUUGAAUGACCAAGCCAACGACAGGACUGAUGAAUAUGGUGGAAGUAUAGAGAACCGUUGCCGUCUUGCUCUUGAAAUUAUUGAAGCUGUUGUGAAGGAAAUUGGAGCUGAUAAAGUUGGCAUAAAACUCUCUCUCUUCUCAGAACUGCACGGGGAAAAAGACUCGAACCUUGAACCUCUGGCGACCUAUUUGGCUAAGGAACUCACUAAGCUCGGGAUUCUAUAUCUUCACGCGGUUGAGCCAAGGGAAGCGCCACGUUGCCUCGAAUCCAUAAGAAUGGCUUUUGAGGGGACUCUUAUCUCUUCUGGUGGCUACGACAAAACCGAGGGAGAUGAAGCUAUUGCUGAAAACUAUGCAGAUUUGAUCUCAUUUGGACGUUUGUUCUUGGCCAACCCUGAUUUACCUAACCGUUUUGAGGUUAAUGCACCACUAAACAAGCAUGAUAGGAGUACUUUCUAUAUGACAGAUCCAGUUGUGGGUUACACUGAUUACCCAUCUCUACAAGUUGCUUGUUAAGUUAUUAUCUUUGUGGAAAAAAAGUGGAGUUUGCUUCUACCUGAUAAAAGGGGGUAUUGUUAUCUAAAUAAAGGCAAACUAACUAUUGUGUGAUGUGGUCAGUACGAAGUUGUGUUUACUUUCUAGUUUGUUAAAAUAAGAGAUGAUGAUUUUACUGCCUCCUCGGAUGUGGGGUAUAUGUCAAAUUACAAUGUGACUUGUAUGAUGUUUCUAAAGAUAAUCAAAGUAAUGUGUGGCGAUGAUCCUUUGUUUGCA